AUGGCUCUCAAGGCUGUUCAUGUUUCUGAAGUCCCAAAACUUGAUCAUGUCCCGGAAAAUUCAUCUUUUUCCCUUUACUCCACAAGAUUUUCCAAAGGCGCGGAAGUUGGGAGAGCUUCCUUUAAGCCACCAAAAUUUCUGGUGAUUGGGCACCGGGGAAAUGGGAUGAAUUUAUUACAGUCCACCGAUCGGAGAAUGAAGGCCGUUAAAGAGAAUACAAUUCUCUCUUUCAAUACCGCCGGAAAUUUCCCAGUUGAUUUCGUCGAGUUUGAUGUUCAGGUGACAAAAGAUGGCUGUCCGAUCAUUUUUCACGACAAUUUCAUUUUAUCCGAAGAAAACGGCACAGUAUAUGAAAAGAGAGUUACAGAAUUGAAUCUAUCGGAAUUCCUUACCUAUGGGGUCCAAAGAGAAUCGGGCAUGGUUGGGAGAACUCUUUUAAGGAAAACAAAGGAUGGGAAGAUUGUUGGCUGGAAUGUUGAAGCCGAUGAUUCUUCGUGCACUCUACAAGAAGCCUUUCAGAAAGUUAAUCCUUCUAUCGGGUUCAACAUCGAAUUGAAGUUUGAUGAUCACAUUGUGUAUCAAGAAGAAUAUCUAGUCAGUGUACUUCAAGCGAUUUUGCGAGUUGUAUUUGAAAAUGCAAAGGAUAGACCAGUUAUCUUCUCAACUUUCCAACCAGAUGCUGCUUUGCUUGUCAAAAAACUUCAGAACACAUACCCUGUAUUUUUCCUCACGAACGGAGGAAACGAGAUUUACUAUGAUGUAAGAAGGAAUUCAUUGGAGGAGGCCAUCAAACUAUGCUUAGAUGGUGGUUUGCAGGGAAUUGUUUCGGAAGUCCGAGGCAUAUUUAGAAAUCCAGGGACAGUGAAAAAGAUCAAAGAAUCGAAGCUCUCUCUCUUGACAUAUGGAAAAUUGAACAAUGUGCCUGAAGCCGUGUAUGUGCAACAUUUAAUGGGGAUCGACGGAGUGAUUGUGGAUUUAGUUCGAGAAAUAACAGAGACUGUUUCCAAUAUGAUGAAGCCAUCUGAGGAAGCGGUAUCCGGAGAAGAGGGACUAAUUCCAGGACAAGGAAAACCUCAAUUUUCACAAACAGAAUUGACAUUUUUGCUUAAACUGAUUCCAGAAUUGAUACAACAAUGA